AGCAUCAGCAGAGAGGAGAGGUGCACAAUCAAUUUCAUAGAGAGGAGGAAGAAAAGGCACAAGUAGAUAAGGAAGAGAGAGGAGGGAAAAAAACAAGGAGGUGCCAGAAGAAGGGAGCAUCCCUGUGAGGUGAGGAGACCAGCAGGAGGGCGUGGACCUGACUUGUAGAAAAAAAAAAGAAGACGUGGAAGAACAGGGGGACAAAAGACAAACUACGAGGCAAAGCCGAGGCCUCCUGGAAAAGAAACACAGCCUCACACCUGCUCUGUUUGAGAGAGGUUGCUCCUGCAGUACAUUUUAGUGCACGUGUGAGUGCAGGUGGGACUUUGAUGGGACGGUGAGCAAUGCCUCACACACAGCGACAGCAGGUUGGCAGUAGGGGGCGGUGCUCCCCUCACCUCCUCCCACACCUCCUCCUUCUCUUCUUUGCUGCCCAGCCCAGCCGAGCAGCCAUACACAUUCCCCACAACUACCACAUAAGUAAUCUAAAAAGGCCUCCAGUGAUCACAACACAGCCGGGGUCUGUCACAGUCUAUAGUGUUGAAGACCUUGUCAUGAAAUGCGAGGCCAGUGGCAAUCCUCCACCCAUUUUCCGUUGGACAAGGGAUGGAGAGGAGUUUGAACCAAGGAAUGAUACGGAGCUGAAGGUGACGGAGACCUAUGGCUCUUACGCAUUCUACACACUCAGCAACACGAUGGACACUUUGAAGCACUAUCAGGGCAAAUACGUCUGCUAUGCAUCCAAUAAGCUGGGGACAGCCGUCUCCAUUGAGGCCAUACUUAAUAUUGAUGCUCUCCCAACACAGCAGAAAGAAAAGAAAGUGAAUGUGAAGGCUGAGGAGGGAAACAGUAUUGUCCUGAAGUGUAACCCCCCGCAGAGCUCCAUGGAACCAAUCAUCCACUGGAUGGACUGGAGGCUACACCAUAUCCUGCUUAGUGACCGGGUGGUGGUAGGAAAGGAUGGCAACUUGUACUUUGCCCAUUUGACAACCCAGGACAGCAGGCAGGACUACACCUGUAAUGUCCAGUACCUGGCAACGCGCACCAUUCUGACAAAAGAGCCCAUCACUUUGACCGUCAACCCAUCCAACUCUGUAGUGCGGAACAGGAGGCCACACAUGAUGAGACCUACAGGAAGCCAAAGCAUUUAUCACGCUCUCAGGGGCCAGACACUGGAGCUUGAAUGCAUCGUCCAAGGCCUUCCAACUCCCAAAGUGUUAUGGCUGAGGAAGGACGGCGAACUCUCUGAAUCCCGGACCUCUAAAGAUAUGUUUGACCGCCGCCUACGCUUUAGCAACAUCACAGAGAGUGACGGGGGCGAGUACCAGUGCAUAGCUGAGAACCCCCAGGGGAAAGUCACUCACACUUAUAUUGUGACAGUGGAAGCGGCUCCCUACUGGACAAAGGAGCCAGUCAGUCAGCUAUAUGCACCAGGUGAGACAGUCAGACUAGACUGCCAGGCAGACGGCAUCCCCUCUCCUGACAUUCACUGGACCAUCAAUGGCAACCCUCUCUCAGCGACUGAUAAGGACUCCAGACGUACUCUGACAACAGGUGGGUCUCUAAUCCUCAAAGACGUCAACUUUGGAGACACCGCCGUCUACCAGUGCCGGGCCUCCAACAAACAUGGGACGAUCCUUACCAACACUGACAUCUAUGUGAUUGAGCUGCCUCCUCAGAUCCUUACUGAGGAUGGGAGUGCAUACACGUUUACAGAGGGCCAGAAGGCCUCAUUGGAGUGCGAUACCUUUGGGUCCCCUAAACCUAAAGUCAUUUGGGAAGGCAGCAGCACUGCCUCCCUUUUGGCAGAUCCCAGAGUUAACCUGCUCACCAAUGGAGGGCUGGAAAUCUCUAAUGUCACUCAUGACGAUGAAGGCAUCUACACCUGCUCUGUGUACAACACCAGUCUGUCCAUCAGUGCUGUUCUGGAAGUGCUUAACAGGACAGUAAUCGUCACACCUCCACAGGCUCUGAAAUUGCAACCUGGAAACACGGCGAUCUUCACUUGUGUGGCCCACGUUGACCCAAAACUGGACCCACCGCUAAUUCAGUGGAGAAAAAAUGAACAAAAGCUGUUUCAGUCCCACAGUGAUGAAAAGUACACAUUUGAAGGACCAGACCUGAUAAUAGCAAAUGUGGAACCAGAUGAUGAGGCCGUAUACACCUGUCAGGUCAUCACUAAACUGGACAUGGCCGAGGCCAGCAGCACCCUCACUGUAUGUGACCGUCCAGACCCUCCCAUCCUCCUCCAGAUCUCUAAUAUUAAACAUCGAGCUGUCACCCUCAGCUGGACACCUGGAGACGACCACAACAGCGCUGUACUAGAAUAUGUAAUCGAGUUUGAGGACCAAGCUUUAAAGGACAAGGGCUGGGAAGAGCUCAAGAGAGUAAGCGGAGACAAGGAGCAUGCCAGUCUCUCUCUGUGGCCCUAUGCAUCCUACCGUUUCCGGGUCAUUGCUAUCAAUGAUGUGGGCAAGAGCAACCCGAGCAGACCAUCUGAAAUCCACAACACACCCCCUGAAGCCCCAGACAAUAACCCUGAAGAUGUCAGGAGUGAGUCUACAGACGUUGACACUCUGGUUAUCUCCUGGGAGGAAAUGGACAGGCGUAAAUUUAAUGGCCCUGACUUCAGAUACCGUGUGCUGUGGAGACGAGUGGUGGGCAGCGGGCCAACCUGGCACAUCAACUACACAACUUCUUCACCAUUCAUGGUCACUGAUGUUGGCAACUUUUCAGCUUUUGAGAUCAAAGUGCAGGCCGUCAAUGAGAAAGGGGAGGGACCUGAACCUGAUCCUGUCAUUGGCUACUCAGGAGAAGAUGUUCCUCUGAUGGCUCCAAUUAGUGAUGGUGUUGUGCUACUGAACAGCACAGCCAUCAGAGUGGCCUGGGUACCCAUAAACAGAGAGACAGUCAGAGGGCACCUGCUGGGAUACAAGAUCUACUUGAACAGAAUCGGCUCAGGCCACCACCAAGGCCGGAGGGCCCAUGAGCCAGAUAGCACAUUAGUUUUGGAAACCGGGGCCAAAGAGCAAAAGAAGGUGAUUGGUGAUCUCAGGCCAUACUCCAAUUACACUCUGGUUGUCACUGUUUUCAACAGCAAAGGAGAGGGCCCCCCCUCUGAGAUGCUGAAAUUCACGACUCCCGAAGGAGUUCCUGGUCCUCCAACAUCCCUCAUCCUAGACAGCCCUUCAGAAACAGAGAUGACUCUCCACUGGACCCCUCCAAGCCAGCGGAACGGAGUCCUUAUUGGAUAUCUUCUGCAGUACCAGCAGAUUGUGGAGAGCGAUGACAGUCCUAUGCAGGAAGAGAAGAUAGAUAACCCCACAGUCUCCCAUCUCACCCUGAGGAGUCUGGACCGCCACAGCCACUACCGCUUCUACCUGAGGGGGCGCACUAACGCAGGGGAAGGGGAGUCCAUUACAAAGGAAGGGGCCACCACUCUGGAUGGAGAGCCGCCUGCCAACAUCAGCCUGUCUGUGGGGGAAACCUCAGUGAACCUUAGCUGGGUGGCCAAGAAGAGACAUAGGAAUGUCAGCUUCCAGAUCCGAUAUCUCAGGAAAAAUGACGGGUCUGGAUGGAAGACGUCAGAGAAGGUGAACUCCUCACAGUCUUUCUACCAGCUCCAGGGCCUCACUCCUGGCUCUCAUUACCGUCUAAGCUUCAUCUACAGCAACACCUCCUUCUGGGAGACUACGAUUGACACAACAGGAACAGCUGUGACAGAGAUGCAGCCAAGCUUUGCCACACAGGGUUGGUUCAUCGGCCUUGUGAGUGCCAUCGUGCUGCUCCUGCUAAUACUGCUCAUCCUCUGCUUCAUAAAGAGGAGUAAAGGAGGGAAAUACUCAGUGAAAGAUAAAGAAGAGGGUCCGAUGGACUCAGAAGCACGGCCGAUGAAGGAUGAGACUUUCGGAGAGUACAGAUCCCUGGAAAGUGACCUUGAGGAGAAGCGCACAGCGAGCCAGCCGUCCCUGUGCGAGGAGAGCAAACUGUGCAGCCAGGACAACCUGGACUUCAACGGCAGCAGCGCCAUCACCACGGAGCUCAACAUGGAUGAGUCUCUGGUCAGCCAGUACAGCCGGCCCAGUGAGGGUCCAGAGGUGCUCCAUGCCCUGCCGGACAACUCCCCGCUCAACCCCACCACCAUCACCCCAUCCACCAAUGGCAUGCCCAACUCAGUCACCAUCCUCGAUUAACCCCACCUCCAGAUGAGGACCAGCAGACCAAAACAUGUCAACACAUAUGUGCCCAUACGCUCCUGCUCCCUACUGACCUGCUGAUCUGUAGUUUCCGACUAAAACACAAUCAAGAUGUUGACUUUUCAGAUGUCUGUCAUCUGAUGGACUGGACUAUUGUGACCAAAGGAGAGUCCAAAGUAGUGGACGAUGUGAUACAAGUCUGACUGACCUGAAGAUGACCCCCUUAUCUGUUGUUUACAACAUAUCCUAACAACUAACAUUCAUUCCCCUUGCUUACUGCUUGUGUUUUUUAUCUUGAGAGGACUCUUUAGAAAGUUAAAGACAGAAUGUUGUUGAGAUAGAGAUAUCACAGGGAUGCUAGGUGUGGUCCUAUAGAGAUGCAUUAAGAAAAAAUGAAGAUGAUGGUAGAGGCUGGAGUGAGGAUUCAGACAGCACACGCUGCUGAUAAAGUCUUGAACCUUAGAUAUUUAUCAUGCCUUAUAUGAUUUCGCACGAUUUUGUACGUCUAAUGCCAUUUGGUGUCUCAAAACAUAUGUGCCAGUGACAUUUUUUUAUUUUUUUACAAAUAUGUUUGAAUACAAAACAUUUUUUGUUACCUUUUAUUUAUAUUAUCACCUUUCAUAUUGUUUUCUACUACAUUUGACUCCUCUUUAUUGACCUUUUUCAUACACAAAGUUGUUUUGAUGAAACUAAGUGAAGCCAAGUUUCUUGCUAUAAAUAACAUUGGAUGCAUACGGGGAACUUGCUGUGAAAAUGCUGAGUAGCAUCUGGUGUAUAUAGCUGCAUCUACAUCUAUCUAUUUAGCCAUAAUACAGUAUUAUAGAUAUGUACAUGCUCCUUCUAAGUUCCUGUGCCUGCUGGGUCUGCAUAGAGCACCAGAUUGAUGUCAUUACUCUCUCGCCUUCCCACCAGAAGUGUAAUGUCAUUAUUGGAAAUGAUAUUGUAAUUUUUUGUGUCGAGACCUACGUGUAGCUUUCUGUAUCUGUCUUUGUCUCUUUCUACACUGUAUUAAAAAAAACAUUUGUGUCUCUAAUUAACAACCUUUUCAUACCUGUCCAUCUCAUACUACACAAACUGAGAAGCAGUAUUUAUGUAUAUUAACAGAUCACAGAGCGGAGAAAUUUUAUUUUUCAGGCCUUCAUCAAUGCAAGUUGACUUUGCAGACAGGUUUUAAUGAGUGCCAGUUGAUGUAUAAUAAAGGCAAGCCGUUGGUAUCUACAUCCUACACAGAGAAUGUAUUCUUUUAAAGCUGGACAGAUAUUGUAUUCACAUGCUACUGAUUAAACAAAACCUCUGAGCUUCAACAAACCGGAGACAUAAGAGUGGUUAUGAUUCAUUUUUCCCCUUACACAAUGUAAAUACAACCUUAAAGAUCGUUUUGAUGAAGCCCAAAUCUUUGAUAAAAAAAGGUGAAAAAUGUGCAGCUUUGAAACCCCUCAACUUAAUGUUCCUGUGUGUUUAUUCUUUUUUUUUUUUACUAUUGCUAUGAUAUUUAACUUUUUGACCAACAAUGGAGUGAGGUUUUGUCUAUUUGAGCAAAAAUCCCUCCAUGCAAAAGAAUAAAAAUCACCUUGUUAUGUAGAUGUUUGCAAACAUUUAAAUAAAAAAAAAAAGCACAUUAGUGCCAUUUAGUGAUAGUUACAUUUCAGCAAAAAGCUAAGAUUACUUUCAUGCCCAUGUAGCGAUGCAGUGCAGCGCAGUGAAUAUCUGUGGAGUUUUUGUCUGAUGCAGUUAUGAGAGGAAAGGAUGCAGCCAGCCAGUUUGUGCAUACCGCAGGGAGUAUCUUUAUGCAACGCCACUGCCUCAGCUCUCCCUCUUUAAAUAAAAGCUUGACACUGGCCAAACAUCACCCGACAGUCCCUGACAUAAAGAGUACAGGAUGUCUACAAAGACUGGUGGCGCUGAAGGAGAUGUGUAUACGUUGGUUAUUCAGACACACUCAGGAUAAAUAAAGCUUUUAAAAAUCUAUUUUCAUAUAGGAGCGUUGAUUGACACAAAUAAUGCCAAUAUUCUAACUUGACUAUCUGCUGCUAAACAUCUGUGUUUGUCAGUGUCAGGGGCAAAUGUUAGCUUUGGAUGUGGAAUGAGUGUAAACACAGAUACUCACUCGACUGCCACUCACUAUGUGCUUCUCAUGUGCUGAGGGGAAAGCUGGCCUUUGCUUUUCUGCUGUUGUUUUCCCUCAUUUAUAGAGUUAAAGGACAAAAAAACCCUCAAAAGUGAAUUUUCAGGAGCAUUUUCAAACAACAACAAACAACGGCUGAGUGGGAAGGGGAGAGGGCUGGAAAAACAGGAGGGGGAGGGAGUGUGAAUCGCUGCAGGGAUGUAGAUGUGAGUCU